AUGGCGGCUGCUCCUCUCUGGCUUGGACAAGAAGCCAGGCAGCUACGUUUGGGUUCAGAUAGAAGAGCUCCAUGCUUACAAACUUUCGGGAUAACCGAGUUUAUCAAUGCCAAAGUCUUGCAGGAGCGCGGCUCUUUGCUGACCAAGAAGAUUGAGAGGGGGCGCCAAUUGCUAGAGAGCGAGAAGGCCCGAACUGCUGCGUUGGAGGCCUCAGUAUCCGAUUGCAUCUCUUGUUAUUGCUGUGAUGAAGCAGCCGAGGAGCAAUAUUGCAAGAUUCUUUGUUGUCUUAGCUUGUCCAUCCGGGAUGAGAUUGAAGCUUUAGGGAAGCGUGAGGGCCCUUCAAUUGCCGAGGGGGCCGCCCUGCGAGAGGUAUUCUUCCGUAAAUAUAUGUUGUGCCGGAUCAAGACAGCCUUGGUGUUGUCACUAGGCGCUGACCCGUGUGGCAGUUGGAGCCUGGGAUCGCUUGGUCGACCUCCAAGAAGCUGCCGCCAAGGAAGGAGCCUGACUUGUGCUUGCACGCUUGAGUCGCGUUGUAGCGAGGUCUCCACUCAUGUUGUUGCGACCUCCAUUCCUGAGAACCGCCCACUGACGGAUUUCUUUGAAGUCAAGGACACCACCUUGAUGGUGGCGACUCGAUGUGAGCCUGAAAGAGUAGGAACAUUUGUUGGCCAUGUGUGGCGUUAG